UCGUUAUUUUCCCUUGGUUUUAAGAGGGUGAGAUGGAAAUUGUAUCAAUUUUAGAGGAUUUAAUAUACCAAAUAUAUUUUGCUUUUCGUUUUAGGAUUCUUUACUCGAUAACAUCUUAUAAGACAUUGCCAUUUUUCCUAACCGUCUCCAAGUCGCUAAUUGAGGACUCUUUUUCAUCAUCGGUUUCCUUUAAUUUGGACACCAUUUAUCUUAAUUGGAAUUCAACAUUUCCGGCCAUAACUGUUUGCGAGAUAUAUAAUGCCGAAAAGAUCUGGGAUCUAAGCGAUGUCCAGUUUGGUGUCGAGCAUAAAAUGUAUAUUGAUGAUAUUAUCAGUGAAAUUGUCUUCUUUCGUGGCAUUUGUAGUAGUUGCGAGAAUUGCAUCAAAAAUAACUGUCCGGAUAACUUUACACUGCUGCUGGAUGUGUUUCGCAGCAAGUGCCAUGAGCUAAUCAUUAAAUGCAGCUACCUCAAUGAGUUAUUCGACUGCUGUGAACAGUUUCUGCCCAUUCCCACAGAGUACGGUGUAUGUUACUCCUUCAAUUCGCAUCAGGCCCGUAAGGUACCGCAGGUACAGUACAUGAACAAUCGCAUAACAGGAGCCGGACAUUUGGAGUUUCAUGCCCUUGCGGAUAUUCAACUUUAUGUGCAUGCACCCAUCGAUUUGCCAUUUCAAUUCUCCGAGGGCAUGGUUCGGGAGACCGUGCUAUUGGGCCAUUACAAGGAGCUGAUUUUGAAUGUAAUCGAAGUAUACAAUCAUGAUAGUGUGCAGGAUCUUAGCAUGGAGCAGCGACGCUGUCGCUACAGUCACGAGCAUGUGCCGGGACGUACAGGCAUCUAUGAGUUCUAUAGCUAUUCCGCUUGUGUGGUGGAGUGCACGGUUGCUCUGCAGCUGCUUCAUUGUAAUUGCACCAGCCAUUUCAUGGCUGUGCCCGGCACUAAUACGCUACCCGUGUGCGAUUAUCAGGGUUUGGUCUGUCUGACACAAACCAACGAGAAACUAAUGGCAGAACGAAAGUCAUGCGAUUGCAUGAGUUCGUGCGAGGAGCCGGAAUACAACAUUAUAUACAAUUCAGAGGAUGACGAUCACGAUGCUGAAAAUGAUGAUUCCACCAUACACGUUGCCCUAGUGGAGCUACCCACUCAGCGCUAUGUUCGACGGGUGACCAAGACCGUCUUGGAUCUUUUGAUCUCUGUGGGCGGUUUGGUGGGUUUGUUUUUCAACUAUUCCGUUUUGCGACUGGUUGAGACAUUCUAUCUAAUACGCAGAUAUAGAAAGACAAUCUUUAAAUGGAUAAAGCAAAUAUGGUUUGGCACAACAAAGUAUUUACAGUGUUCGAAACAAUAA